GAUGUGUUCCCCCUAUUAUAGGGGAUCGACAGUUCUACUACAACACCUCUUACCAAACGCAGUUUGAGGGUGGUUGGACCUCGCCUGCAAAACCAAUUAAAAAGCUCACAUCUGUUAAAUUUGGCGAUCUCAGAAGCAGUGGAUAUAUGAGCGAGCAGAAACACGCCUACGUUGCUCCAAACAGGAGAACACACAGUGUCUAUGACAAGGAACGUGCUGCUUCCCACAUCUACCGGACGAACGUGCAGCUGGGGGAUGGCUGCACCAGAUUCUCCACCUUGACAUCCGAGCACUUCCCAGUACACAACAUAGAGCCUAUAACUCUUGCCCCUCCGACCCAAUAUGCCUCGUCUAUCCCCAGAGGUGAUGAAGACCCUGAGAGAAAUCAAGUGUUGGCAAGAACUACUACUAUGCAGCUUUCCUACCCAGAGACUGGCAGGUGGAACUUCCCACCGAAGCCUGACCCACUGCUACAGAAGAGUCAAAGCAACAUCUGCUUGAGGGACGAGUGUUCAGGUGUCCCUUUCUUCAGCACAACGCAUCAGGCACACUAUGAGCCACCCCCCUGGAGCCAGAGGGUGAUGGCAGACAGCAAGAGACACCAUGAGAGCCACAUCCCCUUCGACUACCACAAUACAAGAUAUGUCACAACCACGCAGGCCAUGCUGGUCCCACACGAACAGCAGAAACAACGACCCUCCGAAGACAUGCUGCGGAAGAUUAAAUACUCCCACCUGGGGGUGCCCUGGAGGGUGCAGGCCCGCUUCAGCACUGAGCAGAAAGACGAGUUCACGCCCAAGACCACAGGCCCAGCAGAAAUCCGAAAGGCAAAUUCCCAAGUGAGCUACGUCCCACUGGGGACCCUGAAAAAACACCAUCCCCACAAGAAG